CCUCCAUCUCCAACUUGACAUUGACCCUCCGUGAUACCCUUACAUCGCCUUUUUUUUCUUAGCCAGUCCCUAUAUCAACAACCGCCAAAAUGGGUCGCCAAUUCUUCGUCGGUGGAAACUUCAAGAUGAACGGUACGAUCAAGUCGAUCACCGAAAUCGUCGAGAACCUCAACAAGGCCAAGCUCGAUGAGAACACCGAGGUUGUCAUCGCACCACCAGCCCUCUACCUCCUCCUCACCCGCGAACACCUCCGCAAGGGCAUCGAGGUUGCCGCCCAAAACGUCUUCGACAAGCCCAACGGCGCCUUCACGGGUGAGAUCUCGGCUGAACAGCUCAAGGACAGCGGCAUCACCUGGACCAUCCUGGGCCACUCUGAGCGCCGCCAGAUUCUGCAGGAGAGCGACGACUUUGUCGCAAGCAAGACCAAGGCGGCCAUUGACGGUGGUCUGAGCGUGAUUCUCUGCUGCGGUGAGAGCCUGGAGCAGCGCGAGGCGGGCUCGACCGUCAACGUUGUCACCACGCAGCUCAAGGCUGUUGCCAGCAAGGUCAAGGACUGGAGCAAGAUUGUCAUUGCCUACGAGCCCAUCUGGGCCAUUGGCACCGGCAAGGUUGCUACCACUGAGCAGGCUCAGGAGGUCCACGCCGCUCUCCGUGAGUGGCUCGCAAAGGAAAUCUCUCCCGAGGCUUCUGAGAAGACGCGCAUCCUGUACGGCGGCAGUGUCUCGGAGAAGAACUGCAAGGAGCUUGCCAAGCAGCCCGACAUUGACGGCUUCCUCGUCGGCGGUGCCAGCUUGAAGCCUGCGUUUGUUGACAUCAUCAACAGCCACCAGGCAUGAAUCCCCAAGAGCGAUGCUCGUCUAUAAGUGACUGAAGCUUGCGCUGGACGGAUAGUGACGAUCUUAUGAGAAAUACCGCUUGGCUAGAAACCACAUAGGUUGAGCAUAAUGAACGCUUACGAAGAC